CUAUCAUAAUGCGUUCUACUUUUAUCUUUCUUGCCCUGGCUGCUACUCUUGCUCUUGUUUCUGCUGUUCCCAGCAAUCCUAAUGAUGACAUUGUUAGACGAGUUGUUACUCUUGCCAAAAAGUCUAAUGCCGAUGCCAUCUAUCGUCGCACCUUGAACAGAGAGGCUUUGCUCGGUGAAUCCAGAUUUGUCCGCCGUGACGAAGAAGACGAAGAAGAUGAAGAGGACGAAAAAGACGAAAAAGACGAAAAAGACGAAGAAGAUGAACAGGAUGAAGAUGACAAAGAUGAUGAAGAUGAGCAAGAUUCGGCCUCUCUCGAACGUCGUGGUAUCCUUGAGGGCCUUGGAGAUGAACUCGAUGUUGACAUUUAACUAUUUCUUGGUCCAGUCACUAAGAUACCCAGUGAAAUGCUAAUAAAUCCAUCCUUUUUCACGUUAAAAUAUAAAAC